CUUAGAUAAGAUUCGCCAUUUGUAAUGCUAGAAAUAGACGGCUGUUAUUGUUAUUUAGUUAGGUUUAUUUUUGUAAUGAAUCGGAAUAAGAUACAAUUUUAAGAUGAAUUAUGCUCGAUUUCUUAAUAAAGUUAGUCAGGCGAGGCAACCGUCUCCAAUAAGAGUACUGACUGCUAUUCUCCAGCAGAGUAAGCCAUCAAUGAUCUCUAUGGCUGGGGGUAUGCCAAAUGUUGGCACAUUUCCUAUUGAAUCAGCAACAUUCAAAUUAAGUGAUGGCACAAAACUAGAGAUGGAUCAUGAACUUAUGAAGAAAGCUCUGCAGUACACUCAAACACCAGGAGUCCCAGAGUUAGUCCAGUGGGUCAAAGGCUUGCAGGAACGUGUUCACAAGCCACCUUGUAGUGGGGUCAACUGGGAUCUUCUUAUCACGAAUGGAAGUCAGGACGGUAUUUGCAAGUCAUUUGAUGCAAUGGUGUCACCAGGAGACAAGGUUCUUGUAGAAACACCGUCAUAUCCAGGAACAUUGGCAGCUGUUAAGCCAAUGGAUUGUGAAUUGAUUCCUAUCAAAUCCGAUAAAAAUGGCCUUGACCCUAGUGACCUUGAAAAUGUGAUGUCAAAUUGGAAUGUGUCAGACAGUGACAUUCCAAAAUUGUUAUAUUUAAUACCGAAUGGAGGGAACCCAACAGGGCAUGGGUUAACAGAGGAGAGAAAGAGAAAAAUCUACAGUAUUGCCCAAAAGUAUAAUCUUAUAAUAUUGGAAGAUGAUCCUUAUUUUUACUUACAAUUCAAUAAGCCAUAUGUACCAAGUCUGAUGUCAAUGGACGUGGAAGGUAGAGUGAUCAGAUUUGAUUCAUUUUCAAAACUAAUUUCAUCAGGAAUGAGACUUGGUUGUGUAACAGGUCCAAAACCAAUUAUAGACAGAAUAUCCUUACAUAUGCAGGCUUCAGUGAUGCAUGCAAGUACCCUGUCCCAAGCUACCUUAUUGCUAAUAUUAAAAGAAUGGGGAUACGAAGGGUUUGACAAUCAUGUUGAAACUGUCACAGAAUUUUACCGACAGAAGAAAUAUAUGUGUCUGAAAGCUGCUGAAAAACACCUUACAGGUCUGGCAGAGUGGGACGAGCCUUCAGGUGGUAUGUUUCUGUGGCUGAAGUUAAAUGUACCAGACACAUACAACCUGAUCACAGUGAAGGCACGUGAGAAGGAAGUGUUAUUUGUACCGGGUAAUGCAUUUCAGCUGGAUGAGGCACAGCCGUGUCAGUACGUCAGAGCUUCUUACUCAUUGUGUACAGAAGAACAGAUGAAUACAGCCUUUGAGAGACUUGCAGCUUUGAUAAGGGAGGAACAGUCAAAUUGAAUGAAAUGGACAGUGAAAUUGCUACAGAGCCAUAUGUACAUAGCUAACCAGAAACCACAGAUCAAGACAUUGAUGAAAAAUGCAAAGCCAUAUGUACAUACAUAAGAUCAAGAUAGUGACUAAAAUGUAAUACAGUCAAACCUUUAUAUAAGGGCCAAGCUUGGGAAAUAGGGGUUAUUCUUUUUCUUUGUAGUUCACUUGGGCACUAAGUGCU